AUGGGUGAAGCAACAAUUACAGAUAUUAAAAACAACCGUCAUGCAAUCAUGGAUUUUGCGUCAAAGAUGGAUAGUGGUGAUGGAAUAAAAAGAAGGAAAGUUAUGAAAGUCGCAAAAUAUCCAAAUCUUGACAAAGCAAUGGAAAUGUGGUUUAUACAAAAACGAAGCUUAAAUAAACCAAUUUCUUCGUUGCAAAAUGAAGAAAGUGACGACAGCAGUAGUGAUGAAAGUAUGGGUACACCAAAAGGACCAACAUCUGCUGAAGCAUUUGCUGCAUUUGAAACUGGUCUUGAGUGGUUUGAAAAACAGGCCGAAUGUUGUCCAACACAAUUACUUCUUCUAAAACGUUUGCGAGACUUGGUUGCAGAAAAGCGCGUUGCAGCUCAUCGUCAAAUUAAAAUUGAUAAUUUUGUCAAAAAUAUAUAA